AUGACCCACGCGGCGCAGAUCACCCACAUGCAGGAGCUCGUGCACGCGUGGCAUCCGGGCUUCGUCACCCGGGCGGAAGAGGAGCUCGUGCCGGCGGCCCUGCGCAUUCAUCUGAACACCAUCCAAUCGCCCGGCCAGGGGGCCGGCUCGCCGGCCACCUCGCCCACGGCCCUGCUGGCUCGUCUUCUGGGGAAGUUCUCCCCGGACUACAUUCUGUCGGUCAUCCGGUCGGAGUUCUUUCGCGACCGGAUGUUCGAAACCCUCUGGACCAUGCAGGCCCUCAACGAGUCGGCUCUCAGCUUCUACAUUGGUCGGCUUUCGGAAAUUGCCUCCGAGAACCGUCUACUCUCCUCGGUGUCCUUCGGCCCGGGGUCGCCGCUGCAAUCCAGCAGCGGGUGCGUGGUCCAGCUGCGCGAGGCGGUCGGCGCCUUGCCGGAGGUGGCCAUCCCGCUGGAGCAAUGCAUCGCCACCGAGGCGGCCCUCCCCGUGCUGCUGGUGGCUCAAAUCCUCGGGGCCACGGACUUCCUGAUGGAGAUCACGGACAAUCUGGGCGCCGGGGCCGGGGCCGCGUCUGCCCCGGGCGAGGCUUUCCUGCUGGCGCCCACUGCGGCUCCGGCUGCGGCCACAAGCCGCUCACGUGCCGCCACGGUCACCGAGGGUGGUCCCCCGAUCCCGGCGGAGCUCGCCCCGGCGGCAUCCGAGCCUGGUCCUUCCCCGGCGGAGGAGUCCCUCCUGGCGAAGGAGCUCUCCUCGCUCCCCUCGUCCUUGGGCCUGGACCUGCUGUUCGAUGCGCCCUCCAAGGGGGGCGCCUCCUCCGGUGCCCGGGCGCCCGGGCGCCAUUCGGCCACUUCCGUUCUGUCCCUCGAUCCGACCGCCGACUCGGUGGCGGAAAUCCCGGUUCCUGUGCGGCGAAAGAAGAAGAAGAAGAGCCGCGAUGAGGCCUCACCUCGGCAGCCCUCGGCCCGGGCGUCCCGGCGGUCAUCGAUCACCUCGUCCGAACCCAGCGGCAGCAGCGGCGGCCUGGACACGCCAUACAUUGCCACCCCCCCGUCGGCGCCGGAGGAUGCGGUCAGUGCGGCUCUCACACCGGCGCCGAUCAUCAACAUUGACACAGGGUCCAUGGAUGGGCCGGUUCGGGUGUCCAAGAAGGCCACCACAGCCAGGGUUGAUGGCGAUGUCGCGGCGGCGGCGGUUGCCAUCCCCCGGCAGCGGACCAAGUCCCGGACCAAAGCGCCACCGGCACCACCCGAGUUGCCGGACUCGCCGGUGCUGGUGACCGCGGACCCACCGACGGCGCCGGUGGCAUCGCAGUGCCCAGCCGACGAGCCGGCUUCCCCAGUUGGCAGCGGCAGUAGCAGCAACAGCGGCGGCGGCGGCGGCGGCGGCAAGGAUGCCGGCAUGCCGGUCGGCCCACAUGACUCCUUCACGGAGAUCUCGGACUUCUCCACACCCGACUGCAGCCUCCCCUCGAGCCCGGGGCUCCCGGCGACCGAGGUGGGUGCCGCUGGCUCGGACUCGGGCCCGGGCCCGGGCCCGGCGGUCUUGCCGGUGCCGGUUGUCGAGGUGACCGACUGGCAAGCUGGCCAUCCGGCGGCUGGCCGGGACAAAAAGCCCCCCUCGAAGGAUGCCUCGCGCGGCGGCAAGACGACCCGGAUAAAGUCCACCUCCCGGCGGGGGUCCGUGAGCGGCCCCCCGCCGGCGGACGUCCAGCCGGAGUGCGGUGCCGCCACGCGGGCGAGCGAGUCCGCCGGCCUCCUGUCGCCGGAGGGAGGGGACCUCCUGGCGGUGGACAUGCCGCCGGUGGUUCGCGUGGGAUCCGGCUUCGUGGACCCGCCUGAUCCCUUCUCCCGGUUAUCGGUGGCGGCUCCGCGCGACUCGACCCUUUCCUUCCCCGAUGCCCUGGACCUCUCGUCGCCGGAGCUGCUGGACGCCGAGUACCUGGCCGAGGGGCAGGCGGCCAGCGCGCGGUCCUCCAGCUCGGGCUCCUCGAAUCGGGCGUCGUCGGUGACCACGGCCGCGGUCCUGCUAUCCUGGGCCGACACCCGGAAGGGGGAGGAGCCUGCCUCGGGCCCGGGGCCGACGGAGGCCGAGGCGCCCGCCUCCGACUGGGACAUCCUGGCACCGGACACCUUCGCCACCAAGCACUUCAUCACCAUGCCGGAGUACAUCCACCACCAGGUGGCCGAUCCGUUCCUGCGGGAGUUCCAAUUCUCCGAGCCCUUCAUGGCCCUAUUUUUCGAUGACGGCCUGGUCCGCGAGGAGGUCCGGUACCUGCCGUUGCUGUACUCCGACGCGCCGAUCUUCGCCCUGGACCAGGUGGCCGGGCGGAGCCCCGAGGACUUUGCCAUCCUGCUGCAGUCGGAGCCGAGCGUCAUCCGCCGGCAGGCGCCCAUCAACUCCCCGGACAGCGGUCUGCUCCUGUCGACCCUCAAGUCGGCCGUGUGGCUGGGCUCGCGAACCAGCGAGCUCGUGGCCAAUGCCACCAGCCUCCCCUGGCAUCCGGGCAAGUACAUGGCCCGGCAAAUUGGGCAGUUUUAUGAACAGUCCCCCUUCCAGGAUCGCACGUCCCCCACCACUCUCAUCUCGGACUUCCACAAGCUUGUGACCCAUCUGAAUGAGGCCUACAUGCGGGACACGGUGGUCACCGACCUGACGCCGGAUGGCACCCUCCGGACUUACAAGCACAUCGGCUCGGGCAUCUCCGCGCCGGCCCCCCAGAAGGAGGAGCCGCUGAUGGCCUGCUUCUUCUGUUCACACCCCAUCAGCACCAAUCCGCCGCUGGAGUCGACCCUGCGCACGGCCUUCGCUCGGAAGCUGGUCUCCUCGGCCAAUCGCCUGCGGGACACCCUGCUGCAGGCCGAUGCCGAUGGGGCGGAUGGGGCCAUCCAGCCGGCCUUCGCCCCGGUGAAGGCGCACUACUGUCACUUUUCGGAAAAGUGGAUCUGCGGCGGGUGCCUCUCGCCGUCCAGCUUCCCGAUCCCGGCGCGCGUGGUCAACCGCCACGAUGUCACCCCGCAAACGGUGUCCCUGAUUGCGGCGGCGGUGCUGGCCUUUGGCUGGCACCUGCCGGUGUUGGCGCUGACCGGCGACUCGGCGGAUGCUGCCCCGGCGGCCGGCGACCGGCGGCCCUCGCGCGUGGAUCAGGCCCUCCUGCUGACGCGGCGUCUGAUGGCCAGUGUCCAGCGGACCAUGAACGGCAUCAUGCUCAAUCGCCAGUGCGUCUUUGGCCCGGUGCAGCAGGUGAUCGGGAAGCGCGUGCAGGCGCCGAUGCCGGUCUUCCGCCGGGCGAUGGACGAUGUCGACGGGGGGCCCCUCGCGGGGGGGCAUCCGGCCGACAUGGAGCCCGAGGCCGACGGGCCGGCCUUUGGCCAGCUGGUGGAUCCGGCUCGGCUGCCGGAGGCCGCGCGCCCGGGAACCGGGCAGGGGGCCGUCUUCGCCGCGGCCGCCGGUCCGCGGUACCUGCUGUCGCUGGCGGAGUUCGUGUACAUCAUCCGCGACCAGGCCCCCCCGCCGGCGCUGGUGGCCCACGUCAACCAGGUUGCCCAGCAUGUUCGGUCAUGCAGCACGUGCACCGAGCGCCAGGGGUCCUUCUGUUUGAAGCCCGGGUGCCCAUGGCCGCGGGGGAUCCUCUUCCACUUCGAUGCCACGGAUUUGGUGACCGUUUGCCCGCGCUGCCGGAGCUGCUACCAUGCCCGGUGCAUCGGCCCGUCGGCCCUCGAGUCGUGUGUCAUCUGUGCCCGGCGGCGAAAGGCCGCCACCUCUGUGGCUGCCCCGCCCUCCUCCCCGGGGGGCAGCGCAUGAGCCGUGUCCUGCCACCCGCGCCCGGGCCGCCCCCCAAUGCACGCUCCAUGCUUUCUCUGCC